CGCGAGUAGCCGGGAAGCGGCUCCAAGUCCGGACCUGGGAGCAGAGGCUCGGCUCGGCGCUGAGAGAGGCGCGGAGCGCGGGGGCCGCGAGCCGGCCGAGCGCGGUUUCGGUGGGACCGGUGUUCCCAUCCUGGGACUCUCUCGUGGAGCCGAGCCCGGCCAAUAGGCGCAUGAGGAAGAAGAGAAGGGAAAUGGACUGCUAUUUGCGCCGCCUCAAACAGGAGCUGAUGUCCAUGAAGGAAGUGGGCGAUGGCUUGCAGGAUCAGAUGAACUGCAUGAUGGGGGCGCUGCAAGAACUGAAGCUCCUGCAGGUGCAGACAGCACUGGAGCGGCUGGAGAUCUCUGGAGGGGGGCCUGCCCCAGGCUGCCCUGAAAGCCCCCGGACGCAGCUCGAGCCCCAUCAGUGGGAGGGUGGCAGCGGUCCUGCCAGGCCUGCGGGCUGCUCUCCCUCCAGCCAACCCUCUCUGGGCAGUAGCGCCAAGCUUCCACCUCCUAGGAGUGUGUGUGGGAGGGAACUGGCUCCCCCGCCCAGGACACGGCUGCCAGAGCACCAGAGCUGUGCCCAGCGGGGGCCAGAGCUGGUGGAACCGGAUGACUGGACCUCCACGUUGAUGUCCCGGGGCCGGAAUCGACAGCCUCUGGUGUUAGGUGACAACGUUUUUGCGGACCUGGUGGGCAACUGGCUGGACUUGCCGGAACUGGAGAAGGGUGGGGAGAAGGGUGAGACCCGGGAGGCAGGAGCCCCCAAAGGAGGGAGGGGCCCGCCGCGGGAGCUGGGCCGCAGGUUUGCCCUAACAGCAAACAUCUUUAGGAAGUUCUUGCGUAGUGUGCGGCCUGACCGUGACCGGCUGCUGAAGGAGAAACCAGGCUGGGUGACACCCACGGCCUCUGAGCCCAGAGCCGGACGCUUGCAGAAGGGCAAGAAGCGGGGCCAUUCCAAGGGCUCUGGACAUUGCCCCUUCCCAGGUGCCUCGGAGCCCAGACGAGGGGAGAAUCCUUCCACCAGCUGCCCCAAGGCCCUGGAAUCCUCACGCUCUUGCUUUGAUGUUAACACAGCGGUUUGGGUCUGAAUCCUAGCGAUAGAAAUUUGACUGACCCAAAAGGGCCAGGUCCCAGUGCUGGGCCCCUGGGAAAGAGGCCAGGUGGUAUGGCUUUCAAAAGCGUAACUCCAAGUCCCUUCCGCUGAGAAGGGAGGGAGAAGCAGAGGGUCUGGAGCAGAGCUGACAGGCCUGUGGUUGGGCGAGGCCGUGCUAGGGGCUGGCUGGUGGGGGAGGCGGGAGUUCCUGGACAGAGAGGAGAGAGAGAGAGAGAGAAUGUGUGUGUGUUGCUUUGGGGCUGGAGGUGACAGCAGGAGAGGGGCAGGGGGAGAAGACCAGGAAAUGCUUCUGACAUUCCUUCACUGCCCCCAAAGACCUCAGUGUAACAUUCUGCAUGGAUCGGGCACUGGGGCUGCAGGUUCCCCAGAGAUGCUGCCAAUAAAGACCUUCU